UGAUUCACCUUUCUCGUAGCGGCCAUUUCAGUACGUCCCGCGCAGAUUCCAAUAGUUUUGUGCUUUGAAUGGAGACGAUCGAAGCUUUUUUCCUGUCAUCCCCGAUUUGGAUUUCUUUUGUUUGGGAGAGUGAAGUGCCGAAGUGCGACUAAAUCCGAUCUUUUCUUCUCUCUCACUUGCGCGCUCGGGUCUCCAUUCUUAACCCUAGCCUUAAGCAUUUAUUGUGCUUCGAUCUGCUUAGCUCUCAGUAUUACUGCUCCAGCCGCUGAAGGCAAUAAUGUAAGCAAGGGUUCCGUUGCUUGUUCAUAUAGCAUUACUCUUUGAGGUUGCGAAGGUUCAGGCAAGCUAUAUGAAGGAUUUUCUUCAGUUUGCUUGCUAUUUUUUAGCGGUUCAAUGCUUGAGCACAUGGCUUCGGUUUGUUUAUGGCUUGGGGAGAUGCGUUUAGGGUUUCGUUAGGUUCUGCUGCGCCUUUCCUUGAAAUAAAUAAGAAGAAGAUGGUCUAUAGCAGCUUCGAUUGGGGUUUGUGAAGCUUUCCAGCAUGGUGAUUAAAAGAAUUAUGAAAGUGAUAUUUAACUAAGUUGGGGGUCAUAAAGAUGAAUUUCUUUAAAAUGAAGCGGUUCAGGCUGAGCCAGAAGUUGAAGGUAGAAGGUACAGAUUCGGAAAAUAAUCAAACACCAACAGCGGAGGAGUUAAAGGAUGGUAGUAUGGAGUUCGAGCAGAAGUUAGGUGCUGCAGAUGGAGGUCUGGAGGAAGAGGAGUAUGAUGAUGAUGAUUUUGUUUCCAUUGAGAUCAAGAGGAGGCUUAAGGAGAUGAAGAAGAACAGUUUUAUGGUUCUCAUACCAGAGGAAUCCAGCCUAGAAGAAGAAGAGACAAGCUCCAGCGAAUGGAGGGAAUCAGAAAUGGAAGAUGGGUAUACUUGGUCCGAUUUUGAUACAUUGUACAUUAGGUACUGCGAGAGGAUGCUGUUCUUUGAUAAGUUGAUUGCGCAGAACAUUAAAGAAGCAGAAUCAUGGAACAUCUCAAAUCAAUCGCCUAGAUCUGCACGCAAAAAGCUAUCUCUGAGCCUUAAGAACCUCUCUUUCAAAAAGAGAGAUGAGUUUCAAGAUGAUUGCGAACACCUGCAACGACCAUUGGAUGAUGAUCCAUUUCAUAAUAUUGAAACUGCUUAUGUUGCCCAGGUCUGUUUGUCGUGGGAGGCACUUCACUGCCAAUAUAUGCAACUGAGCCAAUGCAUCGCAUCCCAGCCUGAGAAUCCAACCUCAUAUGGUCAUUCUGCUCAGGUGUUUCAGCAAUUCCAGGUUCUUCUGCGUAGGUUUAUUGAAAAUGAACCCUUUGAGCAUGGUUUGAGGAUCGAUAUCUAUUCCCGAAUUCGAUCUUCCUUGCCUAAAUUGCUUCAGGUUCCCACAAUCCAAGGUUCUGUUGACAAAGCAAAUUACAGUGAAUUUCCAGACCCACCUGUUCUUGCUGCAGAGCUCUUGAAUAUAGUGGAAAGUGCAAUUUUCACUUUUCAUGAUUUUCUGAAAAGGGAUAAGAACAAGUCCUGUAUUUCUAUGAGCUUAUUCAAAGGUCAUAAGCAUGAUGCAAGCUCCCUUCAACAGGUUCAAGCAUCUCUUGAAAAGAAGGAAAUGAAAAUAAAAGAGCUUUCAAAGAAAAAAGAAUGGAGGAAGUGCAGACCUUCAACCCCAUCAGAAGCGGACCUAUUUUUAGCGCUCAUUGACGUCAAAGUUGUUUCCAGGGUUCUGAGGAUGGCUCACAUCAGCAAAGAGCAGCUUUUGUGGUGCGAAGAGAAGAUGAGCAAAUUGGAUCUUUCAGACAACAAGCUGCGCCGGGAUGCCAGCCCAGUCCUUUUCCCUUGCUGAUCAUAACCAUUACAGGUGCCAUAUAACUCAUUACCCCCCUUAUAUUUUUUUUUUUUCUUCUAUGGGAGAGUUUUAUGAAGAUUUACUCGCUACAAAUAUUCUCCUGUAAAAUAGGAGAAAUUAUUAGGUACGAAUUAUGUAUUGUAGCUGUGGUCACUGUGUAAUUUUGGUUGAAAUAUGCAGAGUACACAGUUUUUUUAAUUAUUUGUAGGAUCUGCUAUUACUUUCUGGUGUUAUAAAAAGAAGUUAUGUUGCAUGGUA